CCAUAUUCAUAUUCAUAUUUCACAUUUUUUACACACACGUUCAAGUUCAAAAAUCGCAAAAAAUUACAGCUUCACCAAUUCACACUUUCCGUUGACCAAUUUUCUUCUUUCCAAAACCCACAUUUCAAAAUUAGAUAUUAUCAUUAGUCAUUACACCACUCAAAAUGAACUUCCAAUCCAAAAACAGCUCAUUCACCUCAUCACACCUCCAUCUUCCUAUAUAUCCCCUUUCCUAGUUUCCUCCCUUUAGAUCCGCAUUUUCUCUUUCUCUCUCUCCUCCGUAACCACCACCACAACCAUGGACGUCGAAAAAGCAGCGCCGGAAACCUCCCCCAACAUCCUCCACCACCGCCACAACCACCGCGAUUCUUACGCCGCCUCCGACGCCGGCGACGCCACCACCACCGACACAACGCCGUCGGUGGAAAAGAUGUUUGCCGGAAAAAUAGUACCGACAUGGCGGAAUCAGCUGACUCUUCGAGCUUUUGUUGUUAACUUGAUUCUCAGCGUUUUGUUUACCUUCAUUGUUAUGAAGCUUAAUCUUACGACUGGUGUGAUUCCGUCGCUUAAUGUUUCGGCUGGAUUGUUAGGGUUCUUCUUUGUUAAAACUUGGACGAAGUUUCUGGAGAAAUUCGGGGUUCUUAAGCAGCCGUUUACUCGUCAGGAGAAUACUGUUAUUCAGACUUGCGUUGUUGCUUCUUCUGGAAUUGCGUUUUCUGGGUUAUCAACUUCUUGUUUUAAAGAUCGCGUCAUGACCAAACUAUAUUUGGAUAUUUAA